CAUCGAUUCACAUUCAUUCAGUGAUUAACGAUGAUGCACGCGCACGCAGCGAAGAAUGAGCUGCUGCUUUGUCACUCAGAUCGCCUCCCCAAAUCGCCUCCUCUGCUUCACGCCGAACGAACAAGAGCUCCGUGUCCACAAGCUCCACUCUCACUUCCACUCCCAUUCUCACCACCGCUGAAAGCGACGCGCUACAGUACCCAAGAUGCCCCGUUGCCUUUUGGUCAACGAUGAUGGACCACCCUCAUCGCACUCUCCCCACAUUCUCGGCUUUCACGAUGCUCUCGUAGAGGCUGGAUGGGAUGUGCGAGUGGUCAUCCCUUCAUCGCAGAAGAGCUGGGGAGGCAUGGCUGCGACAUUGGCACCGGUCGCACUGUGCUACUAUCCGCUGCAGGGCAACUAUUCCGGCAAGAACGCCGACACGGCCAAUUGCUGGAGUCCUGUCAGGAGACCCAGGCGGCAAGGAGAGACGGCAGAGUGGGUGCUGUGCGAUGGGAGCCCAACAUCGUGCACGAACAUCGGUUUGUUCAAUAGCAGAGCACUGUUUCCAGACGAUCCGCCGGUCCCAGACGGUAAGCCGGCAUUCGAUUUGGUCAUUAGCGGACCCAAUUUUGGUCGCAAUACCGGUACGGCCUUUGCUCUUGCCUCUGGAACCGUCGGUGCCGCGUUGGCGGGUGCGCUAGCAGGCGUGAGAUCCAUCUCCCUGUCCUACGGCCACUUUACAAAUCUGCCUCCCGCUUUAGAAAAGGCGCGGCAAAGCAAUGUGGGCGGCUUGGAUGCCAAGGAAGAGAGCCGAAGUGUCAGCAAGUUGGCUCAUCACGCUGCAUGUCGGAUCGUCGAGCGCCUCUCUUCGACUUGGGAGCCAAAUGUGGGAGUGUAUGCGGUCAAUCUUCCCCUGGGCUGGACGCUUCGAGAACCUACUGCAGUGUACACGACCAUGUGGGAUAGCAUUUAUGGUCAGCUCUAUCAACCAUUUAAAGCGCAGCCCACAGCACAAUCUGAUUUGCCAUCAACCAGUUCAAGUGCCCACACACCGUCUCAUGCGCCCGCACCAGCAUCCAAGGUCCACUUCUCACCCGUCAUGACGAGCCUGUUGAAUCCGCCAUUGGAAGCAUUGCCCGAAGGCACGGAUAUUUGGGCCUUGAUGAAUGGCUUGAUAAGCGUCACGCGCCUCUCUCCCAGAUUCAUGGAGCCGACCUUGGUCGCGGAAGCCGCGUCAAACAGCAGCACCUUGGAGCCUGCCGACGAGUCACUUCGGAUCGGCGCUCGAUGGAGACUGUAAAAACCGCACAGGCUGCUCGACAAAACGAGUCGAGCUUGACAUUGUUCGCUUGUGCGAAAUUUGCAGCAUCCUGAUCCGCGAGCAGAAAGCACAUCUCAAUGAUCUGCAGCGCAUCAUAGGCCAGUCUUGC